AUGGGGCAAGGAGAACAAGAUCACUUCGUUCUGAAGAGCGGGCACACCAUCCCAGCUGUUGGGCUUGGCACUUGGAGAGCCGGCUCAGAUACCGCUCACUCUGUUACGACAGCCAUCACUGAGGCUGGGUGUAGGCAUGUGGACCCAGCUGCUCAGUACGGAGUAGAAAAGGAGGUCGGUAAAGGACUGAAAGCUGCAAUGGAGGCUGGGAUCAGCAGUAAAGAUUUGUUUGUAACAUCAAAACUAUGGUGCACAGACUUGGUUCCUGAUAAGAUUCGGCCAGCGCUACAAAAGACGCUCAAGGAUUUGCAGCUGGAUUAUAUCGAUCUCUACCUUGAUGUGCCACCGGCGGAGGUGUCCUACACCUGCAACCUUCCUGGAAGGCAGCAGGCGCCGCCCCAGCACGCCGACUUAGUGCUGCAGACACCACCACCGUGCCCCACUCUGCGGGUUGUGGACUCGCCUCCGGUGCCAUCUCAGCAGGAGCACACACAGGCCGGCGCAGCCUCGGAGCAUGAUGAGGACUGGCCACCAGGCUUCGGUCCGGCCAAACCCACGGUGGACGAUGUUCCUCCUGGUACGCCGCCGGCGGAUGCCCACCAGACCACCACUAUGGUUGUUCCUCCGCUACAGGUGUACUCUCGCCGCAAUGUCACGGUGGCGCGGGGAACACGCGAGGUUCUUCCGUUACAGUUGUUCCCUGAUGCCAGCUCGCUGGUAAAAUAA